UCUAAUGUACAGUAUGUAUGAAAAAGGCCUCUGCAUCUCUUUUGUAUGCAUCACAACGUUGAUUAUUGAAAAAAAUGUGGAUAUUGGCUCUAUAUAUUUUUUAGUUUAGCAAUAUUUGCUAUACGGUCCCUUUGACUACAAAUCCAAUGUAUUCACAUUUUCCAUCCGUAACUAUAAAGUCUCUCCACCCUUGAUUCCUGUCACGUUCGGAAGUUGUUCUCCCUUCAAAAGAAGCCAAAUCCAAUGUAUUCACAUUUUCCAUAGAUAACUAUUUUAAAGUCUAUCCACCUUCGCUUCCUGUCACUUUCGGAAGUUGUUAUCCCUUCAAAAGAAGAGCAUGUGUUAAUAUCAGGAAAGAAAAGCAACAUAGAUAAAUAAAGGUUAACAAAUACGAAAUGUUGUGCCCAUUUUGUCCGUUUAAUAAUACAUAAUAAGGGUUGUUUAGUAAUAUACAUGUAUUUGAGCUUUAAACCAGGAUUAUUUUAUUUUGCCGACUUCUCUUGACCUAGUUGCCGGACAUGGAGUCUGCGUGUGCGGGGGGCGGGGGGAGUCUUUUCCGCUAGCUUUACACAAGCUAGCUUGUUGAUAAGGACAUACUUAAGGACCAAAUCUAAACUUUUUUUUUUAAAUCUCGCAGUAAUAGAAGCCAAGAGUUUGGGAAAGAGCUAGACGCUGUUUGCGGAGGAUGUCUUCAACAUUACUUUACAACCAGGACAGUGCCAUACGCUUCAAGAAAAGAAAAGCCCGUUUCACAUUCAGCGAAGUCCACAUACUUUUGGAUGAAGUGCGGAAACAUCGCUCUGUGGUUGUGGGCAAAUUCAACCGUGGCGUGCCGACAGACAUGAAGAAGCGCACUUGGGCAGAAAUCACGGCCCGCGUCAAUGAAAUUGGCGAAUGCCAGCGAGAGGUCAUCGAGGUCAUCAAGAAAUGGUCCGACCUAAAGUGUGACACGAAGCGGAAGGUGGCCGCCAUGCGGUCGGGCAAAGUGCCAAACCGUGGCCUCAACUCUCGCCUCUCCAAAGACCUGAAUCAAACUGAGAAAAUAGUACACCAGAUCCUGGAGAUGGAUCAGGAAGAUGAGAUCAGCAGUGACUUUGGUCCCUUGGGCGAUGAUGACGACGUGCCAGAGGAAGAAGAAAUGGAAGACGAGGACAUGGUUGGAAUGCAGAGUUCUCCCAACGGGGACAUGUCACAACCUGCGUUUGAUCUGCAGUUUGAAUUACCCACUACAGACGAGUGGGAAGAUGACCCGAAAGAUGACGCGCUGCCUUCAAUUCCCGCAUCUAAGCCGACAGGGGAUCACAAAGGAAACAACGGCCUCCAGAGACCAGGACAAUCUCAUAUUCCCUCAGGCGGGUCAACAUCCACGUCCUCGCACUCGACGACACAGUCCACCAUCAACGCGCGAGAAAGCAUGCUACAGAACGCCUCGCUCAGCCUCCAGGAGCAGCACGCCACUAACAUCUUGAUGGAGACAGUUUCCCGCUCUCUGGAGCUGCUGUCCGAGUCGGUGCAGCAACUGGCGGAGACUCAGCAGGAAUUUGUGCGCGAGUCCCUGCGGCUCCAACGGGAGACUGUCCAGGUUCUUCGAGACUUCACAGGUGGCGCCAUCACUCUCAUGCAUGACAAGCUAAACGGGCGACCUGCAGUAUAGCAUGAAGGUGCCAGCCGGGCGUGUUGGAGUUGAAGACCUGACUUUAAACGUGGCCUUCAGCCACUGAAACCUUCUAAUUCCUUUUGGAUUUUACACUGGUUACUGUUCUUUUCGACAGUACUCUUCCGUGGUUGUGCUUUAAAACAAAAAAUCAUGAUAUAGUAAUAAAUAUAGUUGGGUUUUUUUUGCUACUGAGAGUGAAACCUCCUGUCAGUGCAUCAUUGUAAAGCAUGCACCACUUAUUUUUAAAUAUCAUUUUUUAUAUAUGUAUAACUUUUCCAUAGUUUUAUUGCUGACAUUCAAGAAUGGGUCAUUGAAUUUGCAGUUUGUGUCCAUAAUUGUUCCCUUCCGUCUGUCUAUUUAGAGCAGGGGUGUCCAUAGUGUUUUUUAUUGGCAUAUUUAAGAAAAUAAAUUUUUAUUGAAAUGUAUUACACUACUAUGCUUUUUGACCUUUAACACAAAGCUGUUUUGUUGGGCAAACCUAGCAUAUGUUGACCUACAGUUUUAGCAUCUUAUGUACAAAAAAUGGCCCCUGCAUCCUUUAAUUUGUAUGUAUGAAAAGGUUUGGACACCCCCGGUAUAGAGUUUCACUUGUACUGUAAUAUUGAUUAGUUUUCUGCUACUGACCAUUAUAUGGUCUAUAUAUAUAUGAAAGCUAUACGUUGAAAA